AUGCAGCUUGUGGUGAUGUUCGUGAUGUGCCUGCUGAUUCUGGCGGUGCUCGCCAGUCGUACGCGCAGGGACUUGCUGCUCGUGCUGCUGGUCUCGAUCUCGUGCCUCGUGGAGCUGCUGCAGCUCGUGACGAGGCAUGGGCCCGGGGAAGAAGUAC